AUGAAGAAAAAACUGAAUGGGGGCAAAGAGGUAAUCCAACUAUACAAUUAUACAAAAUCUGUGAUGACAAUAGCAUUCCAGCUUGCAUUUGAUGUCCACCUUCAAGAUAAUAUAGCAGUUAUGGCGCGACAGUAUGUGCGCAGCGGAUGGCUCUGUAACAGCUAUAGAUUCUAUCUAGGUGUAGAACUACUAAAGAGCGAAGGCAGUGUCUCUUUGGCAUCAUUCAGAUUUUGUAUAAUGCUGCUCUCUAUAGUUUUAUGUUGCUCUCAAAAACCUCAUACUGCAGUUGUAAUGCAUUUGCAAAGGCCUCCAAAAGUUUCAUAUUGUGACUGCCAUCGUGAUUGUGGACCGUCGUAA